GGCAGUCCCUGUUACUUAGGGAAGAGGCCGGAAAGAGGCUUCAGCAAACAGCGAAAAAUCUCCCAAACCCUGGGCAGCUGAAGUUCUGAGCUGCGGCCCUCCGUGAAAGCGUGUUGAAGUCCGCGUAGCAAGCUUUUGAGUUCUACCACGUAGGCUCGCGGCCUGUGGGAAAGUGACUUGAGGCUGGGGGUCUGGGUGAUCCAAGGAGUAAGCAGAGAGUGUGGAGCGGCUGAUGCCGGGGACAAAUCCGCGGAGCCUUAGGAAGGAGACCGGCCAGAAAACCGAGAGCAACAGGAAGACAGGCAACCCUGCGAGCCGACAGCGGGCCGGCAGGGUCAGGACAGGCCCUCGGAGGGGCGGGGCCUGAGCUCCGGCUUGACGUUCUAAGGCUCGGACCUCAAGCACAUGCGGAUGACCCGGAGUGUGGACAGUGUCCAGUUCCUGCCCUUUCUCACCACGGAUGUCAACAACCUGAGCUGGCUGAGUUAUGGGGCCCUGAAGGGAAACUGGACGCUAAUCGUCGUCAACGCCGUGGGUGCUGUGCUUCAGACCCUGUAUAUCUUGGUGUAUCUGCACUACUGCCAUCGGAAGCAUGCUGUGCUCCUUCAGACUGCAACCCUGCUGGGGGUCCUUGUCCUGGGUUUUGGCUACUUUUGGCUCCUGGUGCCCAACACUGAGACCCGGCUUCAGCAGCUGGGCCUCUUCUGCAGUGUCUUCACCAUCAGUAUGUACCUCUCACCACUAGCUGACUUGGCCAAGGUCAUUCGUACUAAAUCGACCAAACGUCUCUCCUUUUCACUCACCAUUGCCACCCUCCUCACCUCUGCCUCCUGGACGUUCUAUGGGUUUCGACUAAAAGAUCCCUACAUUGUGGUGCCCAACCUUCCAGGAAUCCUCACCAGCUUCAUUCGCUUCUGGCUUUUCUGGAAGUACCCCCAGGAGCAAGAUAGGAACUAUCAGCUUCUACAAACCUGAGGGAGUUCACCUGACCACUGGGCACCUUAAUGCCAACCUACUACCAAAGAAACCUCCUUGUUUCAGCUCUUCCUGCUGGUCACCUCCACUGGUGAAGUGCGUUGUGGUAAAGGAAAAGAACUGCUUUGAGAAUCCAGGGACUAAAGAAAGGGCUUUACUUAGAAGACUGGAUGGAACCUGGGAGAUGAAUCACUUUUAUUUUUUUUCAAGAUUUUAUUUUUUAAUUUUGGAGGUCGGGGUGAAAUCUUUAGAAUGUGCCUUAAAAUAAACUGUUCCCUACCCCUUGCCCAUAAAGGCUCGUUCUCUGU